AUGUCGCACCGCGGGGAGACUCUUCACAAAGAUGUGUGCUGCAUCGCCGAUUUGAAGGAUUUGGGGAGCCAGCGGCUCUCUCCUAUGGUCCGAGGUGAGAUUCCUCCCUAUUAUUAUAAUGAAGGUGCCAUGGAUAUGGUUACCUUGCGUGAAAAUGAAACUGCUUUCGAUCGCUAUAAAAUCCGACCGCGAGUCUUGGUCAAUGUCGACAACAUCGAUACAAGUACAGAGAUUCUAGACACCAAGGUCUCUCUCCCCUUCGGCUUCAGCCCCGCCGCCUCCCACAAGCUAGCACACCAGGACGGAGAGCUAGCGACAUCUCGCGCCGCCGCCAAAUUUGGCAUUUGCAUGGGCUUGUCAUCCUAUGCGACAUACUCUCUGGAGGACGUGGCUGCCCAAGGCUUGGGCAAUCCGUAUGUCAUGCAGAUGUGUGUGCUGAAGGAUCGCUCAAUCACAUUGCAGUUGCUAGAGCGCGCAGAAAAGGCUGGGUAUAAGGCCCUUUUCCUAUCGGUGGAUGUGCCCGUGCUGGGUAAGCGGCUGAACGAAUAUCGCAAUGAGUUCUGCAUCCCCGAGGAUAUGGAAUAUCCCAACAUUCUCAGCAGUGGCUCCGAUGUCUCCGAUCGCACUAAUUACGACCCUAGUCUCGACUGGGAGAGUGCGAUCUCCUGGCUCAGGGAGCAUACAUCGAUGAAGAUUUGGCUCAAAGGAGUGUCUUCCCCCGAAGAUGUCGAGCUUGCAAUUCAGUAUGGCAUUGACGGCAUCGUCAUUUCUAAUCACGGCGGCCGCCAACUCGACGGCAUCCCUUCUACACUUGAUGCGCUGAGAGUAUGCGCUCCUGUCGCAAAGGGACGAUUACCAAUCACUAUCGAUGGGGGAAUUCGUCGCGGAUCAGAUAUCUUCAAAGCGCUAGCUCUCGGGGCAAGCUACUGUUUCCUAGGAAGAAUUCCCAUUUGGGGCUUGGCUUGUGAUGGACAAGAAGGAGUCGAGCUGGCGAUCAAGAUAUUACGCCAAGAACUCAAGAUCACAAUGGCGCUAGCUGGGUGCCGCACCAUCGGUGAAAUCCAAAAAUGCUAUCUGUCUGUACUGCGCCCCGACGGCAUUCUUGCCAAGCUGUAA